AUGCAGAGCCAAAGAAGAGCAGCAGGAAAUUACCAGUGGGGCCCCUCGGGGGGCCCCACAGGGCCGUACCCUUUGGGUGCAGUUUUUGCUUUUCUGCGGGCAAUGCCGCUGCUGCUGGUGCCGCUGGUGCUUUUCUUUUUAGUCUACAGAAUGGCUCUCGCCAAAGCCAGGCAGGGCGAGCAGCCGCUGACUCCCAUUUUCAGGGACGAGCUGGGCCGGGCCUUCUUUAUUGACUCUCGGGGGCGGCAGUUCAGGGUGAUGGAGUUUGACCUACUCUACCCAACUUCUGGGGACCCCCGCCAGUAA